AUGCGGCGCGUCAAGUUGGAGCAUCAGACAGAUAGCUUGGGACGGCGCGACUCGUUAGCGACUCGAUUCCUUACGUGGACGCGAACAGAGUUCAUCCUUUGCGCUAACCAGGAAGACGAGACGCUGCAAGAUACGUCACCGGAGGUCUUGACCGUGACGUUGAACUGGCUCGCUACAGUGAUGGGCUCUAUACACGUCAUCCUCGGCAUCGUGGUAUUUGCAGGGCUAUUGUUCAUCAGCCUCCUAGACGCCUCUAUCGUAGCUGUUCGAUACAUGGUCUCCAUCCUCGUUUGCAGACUCGUUCUGAAAUUCGAAAUCUCCGGCGCGAGGGGCACGACGAAGUUGGAAAAGAGAGAAGAUGUGUUUCCGGGGUUGGAAUUGCAGCGGAGGAAACCAUGGGCGGGAACUACGACGUCGUUCGAUAGCCAGAAGAUGCCGAUCGCGCGCAUGUAUGCCGCCAGAAGGGUUGACAGGGAUGAGGCUAGUCAGAAGAUGCCGAUUGCGAGGGUCUAUGCGGCGAGGAGGGUUGAUACCAUCAAGUACAUCUUGGUCGGAAUCGAAGCCCUCGGAGACCUGUUCCAUCGACUGGAAGACAUCACGGGAAGCUCUAUGCAGCGACAGCCUCGCGGGAUUCUCCGUGGGAACAUUCUGAACCGAAACGAAGGGGUAGCUUUGCUCUGCGAAGCGAUUUCAGUAUAUGAGAAAGCGCGGAUGCUUUGUGCGUCGAUAAAACAACAAGGAAAUAUCGCAUUAGGCGCUGUGUACAUGUUUGAAGACGGGCCAAGACAGCGGGUCCGGAACGAAAGCUUUGCCGCUUCUGUAGCGAGGACUGACCUACAAGAGAGUGUUGAGCGGUUGAGCGGGGACCUCCCAACAUUUCGGAGCUUGGCCUUUUGUAUAGGAAGCGUUGUCAUCGACGGGAACAGCUCGUCUGGUGGCCAAUUUAUAGACGCAGGCGCAGCCCUUUCACGGCAUCUCAUGCCAAAAUUGAGAGCCGCAAGAAGCUUGGGGCUGGGGAUUCGUCUCCCUCCAGUCGCUGUCGGGUCAUAUACUGACGGAUGUGAGGACACUGCCGGCCACAUCGACUUCUAA